UGCGUAUUCCUAAAGUAUCAGCUGUAGUUCGCAACCUUUGUCUAGCCGCUUGAUUCGGUGCUUGAUGCAUAUCUAUUUGAUAACACUGCUCCGUUGAUUUAUCUCGUCAGUUCAGUUUUGCCGGUGCUACAAUCUGAAUGUUAUUGAACAUCGCCCGCAGGAUGUCUACUGUAGAUAUAGCAGCAUUGCGUAUAAAGUACAAGGAGAAGAAGGAUAUUUUUCAUGAAUCCACUAUCGAGGUAAAAGAACCAUUUAGCCUGUUUCGGAAAUGGUUUGACGAGGCCUGCAAUACUCCGGAGAUUAUAGAGCCUAAUGCAAUGUGCCUGGCAACAGCCACAAAAGGUGCUAUUCCUUCGGCACGAUUCGUUCUAUUAAAAGACAUCACUGACCAGGGUUUUACUUUCUUCACCAACUAUGAUAGUCGUAAAGCACAUGAAAUCGCUGAAAACCCCAACGUGGCCCUCACCUUCUACUGGCUUCCGCUAAGACGGUCAAUCCGCAUCGAAGGAUCGGCGGAGAAAAUUUCACGCGAAGAAUCUGAAACCUACUUCCAUCAGCGCCCCCGUGCCAGCCAAAUCGGUGCCCUAGCCAGUCCCCAGAGUCAACCGAUUCCGAGUCGCGAGUUCCUGGAUCAAAAGGAACAAUCGAUCAAGGACGAGUUGGGACCGGACGGAGUAGUUCCGCUGCCCAACUGGGGCGGCUAUCUGGUGCGGCCUCGUACGGUUGAGUUUUGGCAGGGACAAACCAACCGGCUGCAUGAUCGGAUCCGCUUCCGGCAGCAGCUGAAGGACGGCGAAAAGGUUGACGGAGAGGUGCUGCAUCAGGGCGAGAGUGGAUGGUUCUACGAUCGGUUGGCUCCGUAGGAUGGAA